AUGUCCGAUAGCGCCAGUUCUGCGUCCACUGUCCACUAUGCCAAACCAGUACUUCGUCAUGUUCCGAUUGCCAGCAGCACUACACCAUCAUCACUCGGAUCAUCGUCUUCAUCUUCAUCGUCUUGUGCGUCUACAUCUAAACAGACUCCACCUCGCUCCCCUGUGAUCCGAUAUCCUACAGUAGUAGUCAGCAACAACUCGGUGAUCUCAUCACCACCAUCAAUCACUCCUCAAGGAACUCCGUCCUACGCUGUUCCUGUUUCUCGAAAUCAAAUGCAGUAUUCUGCGUCAAAGCUUCAGUACGAGCACAUGCGUCACCGGUGUAAAAUGUUGGAUGAUGAGAAUCAGAAGCUUAUGCGAAUGCAGUCCGAUGUGGUAAACGAUGCGAACAGGAGAGUUCAGAUGCAUGUAAAUGAAAUCCGAAUGCUGAAAGAUGAGAAUCGAAAGCUCACAGUGAGCAACAAAGAACUUCGUGAUUUGUGCUGUUUUCUCGAUGAUGACCGUCAGAAAACGAGAAAACUUGCUCGUGAAUGGCAGAAGUUCGGUCGCUACACAAGUAAUCUAAUGAAGCAAGAAGUGAAUUCCUACCAUCAAAAAAUGGUGAGCAUCGAAGAGAAAUUAACAACGAAAGAACGAGAAGUCGAUGAACUACGCCAAUUGUGUAUGUAUCUGGAUGAACAGAGACAAAGUCUGUUGUCACACACUGCUGCUAACGUCGAUUGUGAUAAUGAAAGUGAAGAUUUGGGAUGUGGAAGCAGUGAACAGAGUGGUGAAUCCGAAGGUCACAACGACGACGAAAAGCAUCACGAUUUCAACAAAUGCUUCAAUAAACACAAAGAAUCCACACUUCGCCGCAUCAUGGCUACAUCGAUGUGCUCAGAGCCAUCAGAAGAAGAGGAGCGCAGAGAAGUUUCAAAGAGAGAAAGAUCUCGACUUCUGGGAUACAUUCAAUCACUUGAAAACCGUAUCAAGCAUCUCGAAAUGUCGCAAAAUCAUGAAAGCUUCUGGAAUUCUACAUCAAAUGUCGGCUCAGAUUGCGAUGAGAAGACGAUUAUUGAAAGGGGUUGGCUUGGAGACGAAGUGAUGAACAGCGAAGAUCUAGGGGAGAAGCCGGUUAUGACGACGUCUUCAGCAUCUUCUUCACAUAUUGUUGGUAAUGAUAAAUGUCCAAUGUUUGAUUCAAUGACGAGCACAAUGACGUCUUCUGGAUGCACAACUUAUGCUAGUUCUGGUACCGAUGCAGAUAGUGUUUUUGUAAUGGGCGAUGAAAUUGAAAUUGGUAAUCUUGAUGUUCGUUCACUUUCCCGAAUUGAAGAAGAAGCCACGUCAGCUAGUGACACUUUAAAAGAAAGUGCUCGAAUGCCUCCUAAAAUCGCUCCACCAGUUUGCUCCUCCCUAGUUCUCACUAAUUUCGACGAUGAUGAGAAUUGUCCUCGUCUAAUGAGAAGUGCAUCCGAAUCCUGCCGCCCCACAACCACCCUGAUCUCUUCAUCUCGAGCCACUCAACGAAGUUUUUCUGUUGAAAAGAAUAAUAAUACUGUACAACAUCAUAAUUAA